UCGGCGAAGCGAAACGGCGCAAAUUCGCCCAUCACUAGUCCUGAUAAAACUGUUGGAAGCAUUUUGCUAUCUGUGGUGUUGUAUAGCAAGGUCUAUCCUUUUUGCUUUUGAUUACUGGAAUUAAUGUAUUAGGUUGUAGCUUCUUAAGAAUGCUAGCAAAAUGUUUUGUAUUUUUGUCACCCAAUUCGUAUGUCUUUUGUUUGCAUCUUGGAUAGGCUUUAUAGGAGUAUUUAUCUAAUAUAGCUUUUAAUUGAAGUUCUUUCUCCUCAAGUACUCUCUGUGUAUUUAUAGCUAUUGAUCGAUUGUGUUAUUUAACUUCCAGUUAAACUCCAGUUUGAUAGAGUUAAGAAUUAUUAAUGAUACUGCAACUGGUGAGUGAUCCGAAAAGGUACAUUGAGAUAUUUUAGCAUCCCGACAAAAAAAAAAAAGCCAUUGAUGAGAUGCAAAUAUAUAGUCUAUCCUCGAAUAACAUAAAUGUGUUUUUGAAUAAUGUGAAUAAUCUGUGAUGUGCGAGUUGAAGCACCUCCAGGCAUCCACCAGUAGCAUGUGAAGAAAAUUGGGUAUAUUAGUUAUAAACUGGGAACAGGCCUGAGGUUAUUUAAGGAUCUGAUGUAGACUGGGUGUCUGAGAAUGACAGAAAUUGUAUCUUGGAGAAACAGAUGUAAAAACAAAGGUAUAUUUAGUUGACAUUUAAGGGUAUGAGAACCUAUACUAAAAGAUAUAUCUGAUGCCUGGGGUCAAAGGGGUCGAACAACUGUGAAUUCAAAGACAACUGGUCAAGAUUCCAAUCCUUUUUAAGAAGGAAAUAUAUUUAUACAUACAUCUAUCUCUAGGUUUUUAUUACAUAUUCAUUGUAUGUUUUGUAUUUUGUAUGUAUUUUAGGUUCUUAAUAUUUAUACUAGUUAGUUUGAUGUGUAUAUGUUUUUCUUUAAAUGGUUUCCUGUUAUAAUAGUAAGAUUUCGGGAUCCUUGAAAGGACUUGCAAGAUGGGGAAAUGUGGACUUUGUAACAUAAGUAAUACGACAGUGCCAUCUUCUGGUGGUUACACAAAAGGACUUUUGCCUUAAAGACAAAGAACUCUUUUCUCAUUGGUUCAAAGUUCAUCAAAGGAAUUCUUCAGGGAAAUUUGUAUAAAUGGACUGCUCUCAAACAGCAGUACAGCUCAUCUUGACUUCUGAUACCAUCAAGAACCUGAACAUCCAGAGCUCACAUAUAAACGCCGGGAAAACAACUAUUCACCAGAAGAAAAGGAAAGGUAUUAAAUUACCACUACUGGGGAAAGAAAUAGAUUGUUUUUUAAAGCAUUUUUGUUUGUAGUUUUUAAGAACUGUUAUAUACAAGUCAUACUCUCUGUCUUGCAUUGCUUGAAUAAAUCCUUCCAUUGCUAAGCCUAAAUUGGACUGAAUUGUUGUUAGACGGAUCAAAUUUCUAACAGAUUUGGCAACCCAGCCAGUUUUUGCUAUUUCCCCAAUCUUGGGAGCAAACCCCAUAUUUUUUUUCCUGUUCAGCAGGAGGUUUAAGAUUAAAACUUUCAGGUUUAAAUCUUACAAAAGGGGGGAGUUCGAUAACCACAGAGAGUUAUCUAAAUAACCACAGAGAGUUAUUCAAGAGAAGAGGAUUUUUUGCAAAGUAAAAGAACCUAGAGUCAACAGUCCAUUGGGCAAAGAAAGGAAGGGGAGAAGAAAAACAGUGGCCACUGUGUAAAGCGGGAAGACGCGUUGUAUCUUCAUAUUUUUUCUUGGAUCCACGGAGAGAUUCAAGAGGCGUAGUAUCCUUCCUGGAAAGAGUGCACAUUUUAAAGGCAAAGGGACUACGAAACUUCAUAUCAGGAUAAAGAAUUCAUUAAAUGGAAUUCCAAGGAAACAGGAAAAUGAAAGAACACCAAAGAUGGGACAACCAUGAAAGAUCUUGCAUCAAAUCCAUAAUAAUGAUGACUUUUCUGAUGAUGGGAUACCUAUUGCCUUAUGGUCAAGCCAUUAUUCAACAACAAGAGGAAUCUAUGUACUUAACUCAGGAUCAGUUAUCAAACUUUAAUCUAACAAAUGACAUAAAGGGUCAAAUAUGUAUAGGAAGUCAAACUGGGAUAAUAUUAACAUGUUGCAUCAAAAUUGAAUUCGAUUCAGGUGACAGUGUGUAUAUUAAUGCAUCUAUAGGACCAAAAAAAAGGAUACAAGUGGUUAAAGGGUUGAUAUACACAAAAUAAUCAUACAGAGUUUUCGGAAUGUAAUCUUGGUGAUUCUAUCAAAUGGAUUUUAAUGGUUAAAGGGGAAAGCUCCUUACAAAUAACCAGCAAUCCUGAAAUAGGUGAACCAGGUGAAACCAAAAUGGGUACAGUUAUACCAUUGGAUAUAUAUUAUGCCAGAGUAUGGUACAAAUAUCUCUUACCAGAGAAUUCAUCCAAACAUGACUCUGAGGAGAAUCGUAAAAAGGAGUGGCAAAUUAAAAUAAGUAGGGAAAGAUCUCUUCCAGUAAAUAUUGAAGUGAUAUUGAUUGAUACAGAUGUUGUAAUUCCUAAAGUCAAGGUAUGGCCUAAAAAUGUAAAAGUACAAGAAGGCCAAGAUUUACAAUUGACUUGUGGUACGGAAAUAAGGUUACCUCUGGGUUCGAUCAUAUCAUGGUUCAAGGAAGAUGAUUUUCGAGGAAGUAUGAAUUAUGAUUCUGAGAUAAUUUUACAUAAAGGUCCCAUUGGGAAGAUACAAUGGUAUAACCAAACCUUACCUAUAAAAUGGAAAAUCUAAGAAUAGAAGACCAGGGAGAUUAUCAAUGUUGCCUAUCGUUAUCUAAUAAUAUAACAUGUGAAAAGAUUAGUGUUGUAGUAUAUCCACAUCCUGUAAAUGUAACCUGUGCAAAUAAUCCUAUUGUUCCAUCAAGUCCAUUCCAAAUUAACCAUUUUCAUUCUAAACCACUUUUAAAAGAUGGCCAAUAUAUUACUAUAAUUUGGCAUUUUAAUAUUUCUCAGUGGAAAAUCUCUACUAGAUUCCCACAAUGUAAGAAAUAUCUUUUAAAUAUGGAACAAGGAAUGGAACAUUGGUUUGGUAAAUUAGAUAAUUCAAGAUCAAAAAGAGAUGUAAUAGAUAAAAUUCUUGGAGGUAUUGGUACUAUAGGCACAGUUGCCAAUAGUAUCGAGAUUACUUCUCUACAGAAAGAUUUAGAAGGUGCAGGAUUAUUGAACAGCAAGUCAUUGCAUGUUCAAAGAGGCUUAAAUCAAAUUCUGAAUCAGAUGGUUGUUAAGUCUGCUUCAGUAUUUGGACCUUCCUUGCUACACCUCCAACAUAUUACAUUAGGAUUAUUGGACAGUGAGAAUGCUGCACAGGUAUCAAGAGCUUGUAUGGAGAUUCAGACUGAAUACUCCACAGAUUUUAAAAUAACAGCACAAGCUCUACAGGGUGGGAUAACUCCUUUAUCACUACAAAAUAGUUUACCUCAAGAAUAUGAAAAAGCCCUUAACCAUUCGGAUUUGUGGGUGAAUAAAUGGGUUGGAUGUAAGAACCUUGAAUGUAUUGCGACUUCUCUUAUACCAAUUGCGGGAGAGGAGAUGUCAAUAUACUCAAUGACUGUUUUAGGAAUUCCAGUUAGUGAAUCUCAAUUAUUAUUUUAUAGUUUAACGUAUAAAGAUUUUAUUGGGAAUCCAACAACAACGAAGCCUGAACAGGUGGAUUUAUCCGCAUGUUUACAUUUUAAUUUUAAGAUUUUAUGUUUACCACACCAGAUAAGACCAAUUAUGUGUGCUGCUAGAGUUGAAAAUGUUAAAACUACAAUGGAAUUAAUGACCCCUCUUGAAAAAGGAAAAAUAUGUUUUCAAAUAAUGAAAAAAAUUGAAUCGGUAAAGGUUUUAUAUCCUACUUGUAUGGCAAAGCCCAAUUUGGAUAGAGGAUUAUAUUGCAUCAAUAAUAAUCCAACAGCAUUGACUUUACAAGGAACUUAUAUAAAUAUUCCACAGUUCCAUGUUAAAGAUAUAAAUGUGGUACCGAUUCAGUUUAAUCUUACUGUAGUAAAUGAAUUCCCUUGGUUUGAAUGGGCCAAACAAAUUCAAGAAGAUAAAGGAUUAUUAUAUAAUUUACAAAAACAGUUACAAGAGGCGGAAAUUAUUUUCCAACAUGAAGAAGGAAAGUUAAAAGCUAUAGAGCACGAAUAUUCAGAAAUGUCAGGGUCUACCUGGUGGAGGAAAAUGGUGAAAUCUGUUAAUAUGUGGGCUAAAACCUCUACAGGCACCGUUGUUAGUAAUAUUCUUUUUCAUCCUUUAAUUAUUGUGUUUAUAUUAGCCAUAGGAUGUAUUGUUAUACAAUUAUUUUUAGUUUGUAGAGUAAGAUGUAUGUAUAAACGUAUGAAGAAAUCUAUUAAUCAAGGGGAAGUUAUUCUCAGAGAAAUGGUAAAUCGAAAAUGUUGAUUAUAUUAUGUUCUCCGGGAUACAAUAGUCUGUCAAGAAUGACUGUGAUACGAAUGAAGUGUGAAAGUGAUUAUAAAAAUUACUACAUCAGACCAUAAAAAGGGGGGCUUGAAGAAAAUUGGGUAUAUUAGUUAUAAACUGGGAACAGGCCUGAGGUUAUUUAAGGAUCUGAUGUAGACUGGGUGUCUGAGAAUGACAGAAAUUGUAUCUUGGAGAAACAGAUGUAAAAACAAAGGUAUAUUUAGUUGACAUUUAAGGGUAUGAGAACCUAUACUAAAAGAUAUAUCUGAUGCCUGGGGUCAAAGGGGUCGAACAACUGUGAAUUCAAAGACAACUGGUCAAGAUUCCAAUCCUUUUUAAGAAGGAAAUAUAUUUAUACAUACAUCUAUCUCUAGGUUUUUAUUACAUAUUCAUUGUAUGUUUUGUAUUUUGUAUGUAUUUUAGGUUCUUAAUAUUUAUACUAGUUAGUUUGAUGUGUAUAUGUUUUUCUUUAAAUGGUUUCCUGUUAUAAUAGUAAGAUUUCGGGAUCCUUGAAAGGACUUGCAAGAUGGGGAAAUGUGGACUUUGUAACAUAAGUAAUACGACAGUGCCAUCUUCUGGUGGUUACACAAAAGGACUUUUGCCUUAAAGACAAAGAACUCUUUUCUCAUUGGUUCAAAGUUCAUCAAAGGAAUUCUUCAGGGAAAUUUGUAUAAAUGGACUGCUCUCAAACAGCAGUACAGCUCAUCUUGACUUCUGAUACCAUCAAGAACCUGAACAUCCAGAGCUCACAUAUAAACGCCGGGAAAACAACUAUUCACCAGAAGAAAAGGAAAGGUAUUAAAAACUACAAACAAAAAUGCUUUAAAAAACAAUCUAUUUCUUUCCCCAGUAGUGGUAAUUUAAGAACUGUUAUAUACAAGUCAUACUCUCUGUCUUGCAUUGCUUGAAUAAAUCCUUCCAUUGCUAAGCCUAAA